CGCGUGUCAUGUGAUCAGCGCGCGACCCUGUGUUGUGGAAGAUGGCGUGCUGUAGUGGUUGUUUGUGUUGUUGUACGGAAGGAGAAACCAGAACACCAGAGGAGCUGACCAUACUUGGAGAAACCAGAGAUGAUGAUGAUGAUGAGAUAUUACCCAGAAAAGACUAUGAGAGUUUGGAUUAUGACCGCUGUAUCAACGAGCCGUAUCUGGAGGUUUUGGAGGGCUUGGAUAAUAAGAAAGCUGGAAAGUAUGAAGUCAUAAAGUGGAUUUUGGUCUUUGCUAUCGGAGUAUCAACAGGACUGACUGGCCUGUUUGUGGAUUUCUUUGUGCGACUCUUCACACAGCUGAAGUUCAGAGUGGUUGGAGGAUCCGUAGAGGAAUGCAGUGAGAAGGGAUGUCUGGCUCUGUCUUUACUGGAGCUGCUCGCUCUCAAUAUGAUUUUCACAUUCAUCUCCAGUGUUCUGGUGCUCGUUGAGCCGGUGGCGGCCGGGUCUGGUAUCCCGGAGAUUAAAAGUUACCUGAACGGGGUAAAGAUUCCCGGCAUCGUGCGCCUGCGGACCUUCAUGUGUAAGGUCACAGGAGUCUUGUUUGCUGUGGCCGGAGGAUUGUUUGUGGGUAAAGAGGGACCGAUGAUCCACAGUGGAGCGAUCGUGGGGGCGGGGCUUCCUCAGUUUCAGAGCAUCACCUUCAAGAAGAUCCGCUUUCACUUUCCGUACUUCCGCAGUGACCGGGACAAGAGGGAUUUCGUCUCUGCGGGGGCGGCGGCCGGAGUUGCGGCAGCUUUUGGGGCACCUAUAGGGGGCACACUCUUCAGUCUGGAGGAGGGCUCGUCCUUCUGGAACCAGGCCCUCACCUGGAAAGUGCUCUUCUGCUCCAUGUCUGCCACUUUUACACUCAACUUCUUUCGUUCUGGGAUUAACUACAGUAAAUGGGGCUCCUUCCAGCUGCCCGGCCUGCUCAACUUUGGAGAGUUUAAGUGUCAAGAUGGAGAUAAGACGUGCCAUUUGUGGACAGCAGUAGAUUUGGCGUUUUUUGUGUUGAUGGGGGUGGCUGGAGGUCUGCUUGGUGCUCUCUUCAACUGCAUCAACAAACGACUCGCAAAAUACCAUAUGAAAAACGUUCAUCCCAAAGCAAGAUUCAUCAGGGUGUUGGAGAGUCUGCUGGUGUGUAUGGUCACCACUCUUGUCAUCUUCAUGUCCUCCAUGACUCUCGGGGAGUGUCGAGAUCUUGUCUCCCCUAUGACCAACACCACAUCACAGGAGGUGAACUCAACCAUCCGCCGCUUCUUCUGCUACAAUAACACAUAUAAUGACAUGGCCACGCUGUUCUUUAACCCUCAGGAGGUGGCCAUACAUCAGCUCUUCCAUCAGAACGCGACCUUCAGUCCGGUCACCCUCUCGCUGUUCUUCGUGCUGUAUUUUUUUCUGAGCUGUUGGACGUACGGCGUGUCUGUCCCCAGCGGUCUGUUCGUGCCGUCUCUUCUCUGCGGGGCCUCACUCGGACGCUUGGUGGCCAACAUCCUCAAAAUAAACUUUCAUAUGCAAAUCUAUUCGGGCACAUUUGCUUUGAUUGGAGCAGCUGCCUUCCUAGGAGGCGUGGUCAGAAUGACAAUCAGCCUGACGGUUAUCCUGAUCGAGUCCACCAAUGAAAUCACUUAUGGACUUCCCAUUAUGAUAACACUGAUGGUGGCCAAAUGGACGGGAGAUUUCUUCAACAAGGGUAUUUACGAUAUUCACAUCCAUCUGAAAGGCGUUCCGCUGCUGGAGUGGGAAACUGAAGUCGAGAUGGACAAACUGACGGCCAGUGACAUCAUGGAGCCCAACCUGACGUACGUGUACCCUCACACCCGCAUUCAGUCUCUGGUGAGCAUCCUGAGGACCACCGUCUACCACGCCUUCCCCGUCGUCACCGAGAACAGAGACAACGAGAAGGACUUCAUGAAGGGAAACAUCCUCAUAAGCAACAACAUCAAAUUCAAGAAGAGCAGCGUGUUGACCCGAGCGGGCGAGCAGAGGAGGAGGUGUCAGUCUAUGAAGUCAUAUCCAUCCAGUGAACUGCGUAACGUAUGUGAUGUGCGGGUGAGCGAGGAGCCGGCGGAGGAGGGACAGGACAUUCUUCAACAGAUGCUGGAAAGACGACAUGUGCCGUAUCCAAACCUGUACCCCGAUCAGUCUCCCAGUGAGGAGUGGAGUAUGGAGGAGAGGUUCCGCCCGCUGACCUUUCACGGGCUCAUCCUGCGCUCACAGCUGGUCAAUUUACUGAUCCGCGGCGUCUGCUAUGCCGAGAACCAGUCGAGUGCCUCUCAGCCACGACUCUCUCACUCAGAGAUGACGGAGGAUUACCCACGAUUCCCUGACAUCCACGACCUUGAUCUGGCCCUUCUCAAUCCACGCAUGCUAGUGGAUGUGACUCCGUACAUGAACCCGUGUCCGUACACCGUGUCUCCAAACACGCGUGUGUCUCAGGUGUUUAAUCUCUUCAGGACGAUGGGUCUCAGACAUGUACCUGUGGUGAAUGCAGUGGGAGAGAUUGUUGGGAUGAUCACCAGACACAAUCUCACUCAUGAGUUUUUAGUUGCUAAACUCCGACAACAUUACAUCACAAUCUAAUCCAACAGCCCUCGUGCUGCAGCCGUUUACUGUGUGUGGAGCGCUACAGUCCAUAACAUCAGCCCGCGCACACACAGAUCUGUGUGUGACAGGUGAGACGCCAGAAACACUUUUCCUUUCCGUCUUCAGACUCCCUACAGUUUUCAGUUUGUGUGUAACGUUUGCUUUUGCACAAAGUGAGAUAUGAAGUGCUGCAGAAGACGACCUGAAUCAUUCCCACACUGCACACGCUGAUAUGACUGACCUCUGACCUCUUUUCACUAAACAUCCCUUUAUUCUGCUUAUGUUCAGAUUGUUACAACAUUUCAGUAUUUGUUUCAUGUUAAUGUGGUGUUGCUCAUGUCAAACCUAACAGUAUGGGUUUCAUUCCAGGCAUUUACAGCCCAGUCAAUCAAAUCAAUUGAAUAAAAAUAUUGUUUGUUUGCAUAAAUGAAACGAGGGCUUUUUUAGGACCAUUGGUUUGUUUUAUUAUACUUUUUCAUGCUUUAACUGCAUUACACUAAAGAGAAUUUGAGGCUGAAUAUUCAUAUUCAUUCGUUUUUUAAGCAAUAGUUGUUAUUUGUUAACAUUAGCUGACAUGAACACUACUUCUACAGCAGCAUUAUUAAACAUGUUUAAGUUGUAUGAUGUGAACAUUAGGUUAUGCUCAGUCAACUAACAUGUUGAUAUGAACAUAAACAAGGGUGAAUAAAUGCUGAAACCACUAUAUUGUUUAUUGUUAGGUAAUGCAUUUACUAAUGUUAACAAAUUCAGUCUAUUGUCAAGUGUUACCCUUUUAAGAGUGAAAUAUUUGUUUAUUAUUUGUGGCAUUAUGUGAGGAUCAUUUACAUUCCCUGAUGUUUGUCCGACAUUCUCACGCUUUGUGUCAGUAGUAUUGAACAUUGAUGGGAAUAUAAAUACUGGGAUUGAACCUUAAUAGACAAGUUAGUUUGUCACGCGUAACAUGGGUUCCUGAUAUGAAUGUGAUAACACGGGUCUGUGGCUUUCUGCAGAUGUGAAUCCUCAUAUGACAGCAGAGAACACUGUAUUAGCAGAAAUACACUUUAUAUUUGUUUUGUUCAGUGUUAUUAUCUAUUUUCUUAUUGUUUUUUUAUUUAAGAAAUCCCACUGUGAUUUUCCUGUGUGUUGCAAAUAAUGUUUUUAAUGUAUAUACGAUGAUGUAGGCCUAUAUUGCAGUAUUUUUAUUGCGAUUGAAAACUGUUAUUUCAGUUUAACUUGACUUGUGCUUGAUGAUGUAUGUUUUCCAGCAUACUGCACGGUUUCAUGUUUGAGCUUUUGUUCAUGUGAUUCAGAUGGAGACUAAAUCACCAGCCGUCUGUUUUAAAAGCUUCAUAUGCAACUGACAUGUUAAUAUCAUCAACCAUAUAUACUGUCAAUGCACGUACUUGGAAUAAAAGGUGCACACUUGUAAAACUUUUGUUUAAAUGAA